AUGGCCGCUAUCAAGUCUCUCAUGACCCGCGACUCGGUCGCCCACCAGCUCGCCAAGCGCCAGAACUGGGCUGCUAAGGAGGCUGGUGUUAUUGUCGUCUUCUGCAUCGUCGGCGUUGUCGCCAUUGGCCUUCUCAGUCUCUUCUUUUACAAGAAGGCUGCUGCUCGCAAGGCUAACAAGGCCUCCGCCGUCUAA